AUGCUAUCUUCCUUCUUUAUAUUGAUUAAGCUAAAGCUUUUAAAUCUAGGCCUAGUAAAAGAAGACUACUUUUAUUUAAGGAUUAAAGCUGCGCUUAAUAUAAAAGUAAGAGAGGGAACCUUUACUAUUAUAGCUGCUGCUAUAAUAGCUAGUGCUAAGAAUAUGUUAUUAAGGUUAAAGGUUAAGGGUUAUAAUAAUUAA